AAUCGACUUUAUCAUCAUUUUAGAAAAAUACCAUUCGUCGUCGUGUAAUGUUUUUAAAAGUAACAUGGUCCGUGCUUCCAGAGUUCUAUAUUUAUAUCUCGUGCCUCACGAAUAGUUGAUGUCAGUAGCAGCGCCAACAGUUCAGUUACUCAGUGAACACAAUUAAAGUUUGAUAUAUUGUUUAUUUAUAUGCUAAGCUGUUCAGUCCGGACUGUGGACUAGUACACGAGCUUGUAGCUCCAUCACUUCAUAUAACUACUGCACCAUAACAGUUGGCAGUGUGUGCAAGGUGCAGGGUUGCUGCAUCAGUGCAUGUUGACCUCAUUACUUCAUGCCGGUCUCUCCAGGAAGAUUACAUGAAGAGGUUAGGCUGAAUGUUAAGAGCCCAUCAGGAUAUUAACAGGUGGAGCCAUGCACCGUGUUUAAAUCACAAGGAGACGGAGUAGAUGCACCGGUCGGAGCAGAAGAAUCUGGAAGUUGUAUAAGGAAUGUCGCUAGACAAUGAGGGUGUGACCGACAAGUCACCAUGUGGCUUUCAUGACCGCGAUGGCUGGUUGUACUGUGAUGACCUGCCUGUCUCCCAACUCCAUCAACAACUUCGGUCGUCUGCCAUUUGGCCGUCGUCGCCUGCCUUCGUGUACAGCAGACGACGCAUAGAGCAGAACGUGCAUGCCUACCGAGAUGCUUUGCGCCUUCUGCCGGUUCCUUCAGUUCUCCACUUCUCUGUCAAAGCCAACCACAACCUGCAGAUUCUGUCGCUCCUACAGUCUCUUGGCUGUGGUGUGACCCUGGUGAGUGGGAUGGAGCUGAAGGUAGCCAAGGCAGCAGGCUUCAGUGCAGACAGCAUGUUGUUGAAUGGGUCAGGCAAGACUGCAUGGGAAGUUACUGAAGCCGUAAAAGAAGGCGUGUUACUCAAUGUGGACAGUGAAUUUGACUUGCAACAGCUGCUAAAAGUCUGUCAGGAGCUUGGGCUGAAAGCCAGGGUGCUGCUGAGGCUGAAUCUAGAUAUUGACCCUAUGGUGCAUCAAUAUGUAAGCACAGGCAAGGUGGGAUCAAAGUUCGGCCUUGAUGCAAUAGCGUUGAAUCGUGUCCUUCAUAUUCUGUCAUCAGAUGAGUGUCCUGUGCAUGUUGUUGGUCUGCAUUGCCACCUUGGGUCCACCAUCACUAACUCUGAUGUGCUCAGAUGGACUUAUUUUCAUAACAGGGAGAGUGUAGCAAGGAUGCUGGAACAACGGCAGGAGCUGAAAAGGCAAGGCUUGCAAGAUCUUCGGCUCAUUAAUAUUGGAGGUGGCUUAGGUAUUGACUACACAUGUCAGAGAGAUGAAACUAAACCUUAUCGACUGGAAGAAAAGGAGUUCAGAACUGACCUAGACAACCUCCGUGACCACUUUAUUAAAGCUGCUGCUGAAGAAGAGAAUGUAGACAGGAAGGAACUGCUGCAGUCUGUUGUCAGCAGCAUAGACAGCUACAGUCAAGAAAGGGUGACACGUGCUGAGCUAGAUAAGAACCUGACAGAAAAACUAGGUCUUUUGGGAAUGACAGAUGAAGCAUGUGAAAACUAUUCAGCCAUUUUUGGAAGCAAAAAGUGUGUACCUUCACCAUCCAGUCUUACUGAGGCUAUUGCAGGUUUAUUCCAAAGUCCUCGAGAUGAUGAUGUCACUGUGAUGGUGGAACCUGGCCGCUCUAUUGUAGGUGAUGCAGGGGCCCUUGUGACUUCUGUUCUAGGGUGCAAGAUGUCAGGGGCUAAAAGGUUUGUUGUGGUGGAUGGUGCCAUGACAGAAGUUAUCCGCCCCAGUCUUUAUGGAGCGUAUCACCACAUCCAGCUGGCUGCUCCAUGCUCCAGCGUCCUUCCUAGUCUCGAUGCUGCAUAUUCAGCCUUUGUGGAUGUGGUUGGACCAGUGUGCGAAAGCACUGAUUUUUUGGGAAAAGAUCGCCUGUUACCUGUGCCACCACCAGGUGCCUGUGCUGUAGUGAGGGACACAGGUGCAUACUGUGCUUCCAUGGCAUCAAACUACAAUCUCAGGUUAAGGCCUGCUGAAGUGCUUGUGGAGGGCAACACCUGGCGACUUAUUAGAAAACCAGAUUGCUUGGAGGACAUACUGCACAAUUAUAUAGUGGAGACAUGAAUGUUAGAAGUCAUAGAAAGUAGAAGAAUUGGAAACUUUUUAAAGCAUUAUUCAGCAAAAUUUGCUGAUUAUAAACUUUGGUUCAUGAAAAGAGUAUGUUUCAUCUGUAGGUUGUUUCAAAUAACCUGCUUUAGAAGCGAUGAAAGAUGAAGCUUUGGAAAACAGCCUGACACUGCAGUGAAUGGGAAUAUAAAACAUAAAACUUUGGUGACAGGAGUGUUGCCAAUUUUAAUUGUGUGAAUUAACCAUUAUAGGCAUGAUACCUUGUUGGAAUGGGCAAAAGUC